CGGGCACGGAUUUCGAAGAGUCAGAUUUAUUCUCCGUACUCAGUGUAACGGUACAUGAUGCGAAGAUUACAUGUGGUGUUAUGGGUUGGAGGAUCUCUGUGAGCAUUGGUAAAUUUUGUUGGAAUAAAUCAUGAUAAUCCGCUGGAUAAACGUGUAGUUAGUUGCCUUAUCAGCCGGGCCACGCGCCGACAAAACACGCGACAUGUCAGUUAUACCUGUUGGUGUUCUAAUCUGCUUUGUUGUCGUCCAAUUGCCGGCACACCGGGCGGCAGUAUAUGACUCAUCUGCGCAGACGGUGUCCAGAAGAAUCCCUUUUACCAGCAUUUCAACGAACCCCCCAGCAUCUCAAUGGGCCUCUCCACACUCCUUAGAGGCGCCACGCAAUCUCAGCCUGCUCCGCAGCGGCGUCGAUCCCAACGGGCAGUCCUAUCUGCAGAUCGGCUGGCUGCCUCCGCUGCAGCCGGCGACGACGACGACGACGGCUGUUGCUGCAUCGCCCACCGCUGACCAGCGUCCACUUGAAGCGAUUGAUCGAUACCGUAUCACUUGGCGUGAAGAGGGCCAGCCAGCGCCCGAUGAGUACCGCAAGACCAUCGAUGGGGAUCUGACGUCUUAUACCAUUGAGCAUUUGCCGAUCAAUGCGUAUAUCCAAAUCGAGGUACAGGCGUUCCGGUGGGUAGAGGACAGGAAGCUGCGCAGUGCCAAGGCGAUGAUCACGGCCAGGACGCCGUUCAGGAAGAUCUCCUCGCAACCGGAUUUAUCACAGACCGAUUUGCGCUUAUCCCCAUCGUUGCCGGCUAAUGCCACAGCCUCGUUACCGGACAGCAACAUUACCAUCGAGUCGGUCUUCUACCAGAACGGCCUAGUCAAAGCCAACAUUUCCUGGCUACCUGCUGACCUUACCCAGCCGCACUCGUUCGGCUACGUUAUCCGGUGGUAUCCCAAAGUCUGCCUGGGAUGGGAACGCCGCAUCCCCAAGGAGCGCGUGCUCAUCAAGCCCCUGGUGGGGAUGAGUGUCACCAACAAUCACCUCUUAUACGAUCUCGAUUACAACUGCCGCUACGCUGUCGCAAUCUACCGCAAACUGACGGAGUCCGGGAAGACGGAGCGCUUGACCGGAAUCAAGCAUUUCAUGACGCCGGUGUGCCAGGAUAUCCAGGUGGUCGGGAAUCUCCAACCGCAUUGUCCAAAAUUAGCAUCCCGGCUACCGAGCGAACCAAGGAAUUUAUCGUGCAUCUUCCUAGUACAGGGCGCGGAGAUCUCGGCUACGUGUUCGUGGGAAAAUCCCGGAGCCAGUGAUCAGCCCGUCAUUGGUUACCGGGCGAUAUUCGCCAAGAAACUCCUCGAUCCACAAGGAUUAUACGGGGUUAAGCCUUUCCCCAUUUUGGAUAGGAACUCUUAUCUGGUUAAAGUUCUUGAUGAGGAUGAAAUGGCGUUCAGUAUAGCCAACUUGGAGGAGGAGACCGAAUACAUUAUUUACGUCCAGGCCGUGUCGGCUGCUGGUUUCGGCACCAUGGCCAAACUGGACUUUGUCUCACCGAAAAUCCGCCAUUCCCUGGCCCUCUCGCAAACCAGUCCACAGCGGGAUUUUACUGCGCUGACACAGACGUCAGUUAGCCGGAGACUGUGCUCAGAUUUAUUGCCGUUUAGUCUUUCUGUGAUGUUGUUGCUGGUUGUUCCUUACAGUGUUAUGUAGCCCCGGCGUUUCCGCUCGUAGAUUUGUACAU